UUUACCCGUGUGUAGGGGUUUCAUACAGGGGGCCUCAGGACUUGGUCUUGUCUGUUCUGGGUGGCGGGGAUCACAGGUCCUUUUUAAUUUAAUUUUAUGAAGUAUUUAGUCAGUUUGUUUUAAAUUAAUUGGAACUACAUAUUUCCCAUCUUAAGUAUUGAAUCAUGAAGUGGAACCUAGUGUUCCUUGGGCUCCUUCUGACCUUCGGGCAGCUGUCAUGGGGGCAGAAAGGUAUGGACAUCCCUGAGUAUGAUGGAAAGGACCGCGUUCACGACCUAAAUGCCAAGAAUUACAAGUCUGUGAUGAAGAAAUAUGACGUGAUGGUGGUGUACUACCAUGAGCACGUAGGAUCCAGCAAAGUCGCCCAGAAACAGUUUCAGAUUGAGGAGCUGGCCCUUGAGCUUGCUGCACAAGUCCUGGAGGAUCUUGACGACGAGGACAUCAGUAUCGGCCUACUUGAUGAGAAGACAGACAAAGCUGUUGCCAAGAAAUUAGGUCUGGUUGAGGCUGACAGUAUCUACAUCUUCAUUGAGGACGAGGUCAUUGAGUACGAUGGAGAGCUUGCUGCGGACACACUGGUGGAGUUCCUCUAUGAUGUCAUUGAGGAUCCAGUUGAGAUCAUUGACAAUGUGCGAGAGUUGAAAGGUUUCCAUAAUAUUGAGGAGGAUAUCAAGCUGGUGGGCUUCUUCAAGAGUCAGAAAUCUGAGCACUACCAAGAAUAUGAGGACGCAGCAGAGGAGUUUCAUCCACACAUCAAGUUCUUUGCCACCUUUAGUCCAAAGGUUGCUAAGAGUCUAGACUUGAAGUUGAAUGAGGUGGACUUCUACGAGCCCUUCAUGGAUGAACCCGUCGUCAUCCCUGGUAAACCCUACAGUGAGAAAGAGCUGGUUGCAUUCAUUGAGGACAAUGACAGGCCGACACUGAGGAAGAUGCAGCCACACAACAUGUAUGAGAUCUGGGAGGAUGCUCUUGAUGGCGAGCAUAUAAUUGCUUUUGCUGAGGAGGGAGACCCAGAUGGCUUUGAAUUCCUUGAAAUCGUGAAGGAGGUGGCAGAGGAUAACACCGACAAUCCCAACCUAAGCAUUGUCUGGAUCGACCCCGAUGACUUCCCUUUGCUUGUUCCCUAUUGGGAGAAGACCUUUGACAUUGACCUGUCCUCACCUCAGAUUGGUGUAGUAGAGGUUGAUGAUGCUGAUAGUAUCUGGUUUGAUAUGGAUAAUGAUGAUGACAUGCCAACAGUUGAUGAGCUGGAGGAUUGGCUGGAGGAUGUGCUAGAGAACAAAAUUGAUCCUGAUGAGGAUGAGGACGAUGAUGAUGAUGAUGAUGACGACGACGAUGAUGAUGAUGACGACGACGACGACGAUGACGACGACGAUGACGACGAUGAUGACGACGACGACGAUGAUGACGACGAUGAUGACGACGACGAUGACGACGACGAUGACGACGAUGAUGACGACGACGAUGACGACGAUGAUGAUGACGACGACGAUGAUGACGACGACGACGAUGACGACGACGAUGAUGACGAUGAUUAAACUCGUACCAUUUUACAUAUAUUUUACAAACUAAAGUCUGUUUAAUUGCAACUGUCUGAAUAAUCAACGUCAUAAAAAUUCCUUCAUUAUUUUUUGUCGGAUAUCACAAGGUUAAAAAUGUCAUCAUUUAACUGUGACCUUCCACGCAUAUCUAGGAAUGCGCUUAUCAUUCUCUCUCCCAUUGACCCAAUGUUUUAUUCAAAGACCAGCUCUCUCUUAAACCUUCAGAUAUUCACUUCCAAAUGUUGACGUCACUUCUAAAAUCAAAUCAUUAGCAAAAUAUGUAUUGCUUUCAGUUUUUUGCCAUCCAUUUUUUCAUUCAUAAAGACACUGUAAUUGGCAGUUAAAUACACCACUAAUACAUUUGGAAAAGGACCUGACUUUCAAGCAUAAAAAUGCAACCAAAAAAAUUUAAGUUUGUCAGAGGGAGCAGCAACAUUAUUUAAGUGUACAUCCAUCUGUUAAAUUUGUUGUUAUUGUCUCAUUG